UUUUAUUUGACUGUUAUGCAUUCAAUAAUUUUUGUAAUUUAUAUUACAUUAUCUAAAACGAAUUUUAUGUACAUGUAAUUGUAUGCCAAUUUGAUUUUCUUUUGCAUGUUGUUAUUAUGCAAGCAUAAAAUAUCGUAAAGGAUGAAAGAAUUAAAGAAUCAUAGAGAUCGCAAUGUACAUAAAGUAUCAAUGUGAAGCAAGACCUUGCAACUUUUCUCUCUUUUAUAUUUAUUACAGACUUAAUUUAAAAGAUAUAUAUUAUCAUUAUUUGCGAUAUACAAUUGAGGAAUUAUUACAUCCAGAAGCGAUAUUGUUAGAAGUAAGUAGGAAAAUCGAAAAGACGGGGAAAGGGGGGCGAAAGAAAAAGACGGAGAGAACAAGAGAGAACAUUCAGAUAUUGAAAGGAAAGAGCGAAGAAGGCGGCAGAGCGCAAAGAUUGGCACUCGCGCGCAUUGCGCCGCGACCUUUAAUGGGCGCUGAUGGGCGCAGCCUCCCUGGAACCUGGAAUCCGAUCGCUUCCUCCCAAUCCCAGUCGCGGAUAGUCCGUUCUCCCGCUCGACGCGCCGUUCUCUUUGUCUCCCCUUUCUUUCUUUCUUUGCUUUGCGCGCGCGUCGCGAUCCCUUUAGAUUCGCCCGUAAACUCCGUACGUCGGCGACCCAAGCACUGCCAUUGAUCCGUGAUCCGUCCGCUCGGGGGAAAAAACUAGUUCGCGGCGCAAGUACGCGGGGGUUGCUCGCGCGCGUCCCGACCAGCGUCGCGGCCCCAGCUAGCGCGGAUCGGAGCCGUUGACCCGCGGCUUUAAUCAACCCCUCCACUAUGCGAAAUCACGACCGUCGUGCAAGACCCUCGACGACGCCGCUGUACGUCGUUUCGCGACGCGCGUAACCCCGUGCCGCCUAAGGAGCCCUCCGGAUUGACCCCGCCAGCGCACGCCGCGUAGAUAGAUCGCGGGUGGAAGCAAGUGGACGAUGCCUGGCGACCGCUCCUCCGUCGCGAUACCGAAGAGAGCGUCGUCGGUCGUUCGCCUCUGAGACGCGACGGGCGGCAGCUUCCCGUUCCGCUCGAGAUCGUCCCUUCUCAGCGUCUCGCAGCUCUCUUUUUACCGCUGCCUCUCCACUGCCGUCGUGCGCGCGCGUCCCUACCGUCGGUUCUCUCGUCCACGCUCGCCAGCGAAAUGAUCAUGUACACGGUAGCCGAGGAUCGCAUAGGCGACAACGAGAUCGCGCAGGUGAUCGCAUUCAUAUGCGGUAUCAUAGUGGUGCUGCUGAUGAUAAUGGGCCUGGCGUCCACCGACUGGUUAAUGGCACUGGGAUGGAGGCAGGGCCUGUUCGCUCACUGCAUCGAGGAAGGCGCGCCGACACCUCUUCCCUUCAAUAUGCCUGAUCCUCCGGGAUGUUAUCCAGCGAGAGACAGCGCAGCUUAUAUAAAAGCGGCUGCUGCCCUGUGCGUGGUGUGUCUCCUAACGGACAUCGCUGCAACGAUUCUCACUGGUCUGGGUCUGCGCACGCAGGACCACCGAGUCAAACACAAAUAUUAUAGAUUCGCGGUAUUUUGUAUGGCAAUUGCACUGGUGUCCCUCUUGAUAGCGCUGAUUAUAUACCCCAUAUGUUUCGCAGCAGAGUUGAACCUCGGAAAUCGGACUAAUUGGGAAUUUGGCUGGGCGUAUGGCGUCGGCUGGGGCGCGGUGAUCUUUCUGGUUGGAGGGGCGGUAUUGCUGUUGUGCGAAAAGGAAAGCGAGGAGAUUUAUUACAAGGAGAAGAAGACUGUUCGUGACGACAUAGGUGGUGGUUCGAUGAUGGGACAUCACGCCGGACGAAGUGGAACGCAGCUAGCCUAGUGGCAUUGCUCCCUGCCCGAUGUUGUUCUCUAGGUGAUUUAUUUCAAUAUUUCUUCUGUUCUUACAGUUCGACAUAUGCGCAUACGAGAAGAUAGACAAGCUCAUAAGAAUGGUUUUCGACAGAAUGUUUCUGGUUAACGCAAACAAAACUAUCCUCACAGAUCCUUUGACCAAUCUAAUUUGUACCUUAAUUCAAAUAUCUCGUCAGUUUUGUUAGUUACACGAGAACAAAAGAUUGCUUUCCUCAAUUAACACCAACAUUAAAUACCUCUUGAUAACAGUUUUAAUUUAGAAAAUUUGAUUCUUUUACUAGAUUUUUUUUUAAUUAAAAUUAUUAUCAGGAGACAUUGAAUGUUGCGGAUUGAAAUAAAAAAAGAGAUGAAAUAUUUAUCGAAAAGCAUUUGACUCGAAAUUAGUCAAAGAAUCUGUAAGUGAAUUUUCGUUGUCGUUUGGAAUUAUCUAGAGUAGAUAUAAUUUGUUCGUUAGAUGGGUGUCUCUUUUUGAGUUAUCAGUAUUUGAUAAGAUAUAUAUAUAUAUAAUGCUUCUCUCUCGUUGAAGAAGUAACAAGCAUUUCUUCUUAUUUUUAACUACUUCUUAUUUAGCAAUUACAACUUUUAUACUGACAAUUUUGGGACCAUUAUUAGCUUGAUUCUGUUGUUACAUUUCCUACAAUUUGCAUAAUCUCUCUCUCUCGUGGAUAAUUUUAUAUACAUAUAUAUAUAUAAAUAAUUUUUUUAAAUUGGAAAGUUUACCUCCAUUAUAUAAUAUGACGACACUGCAUUCAUUCUUCGCAGACUAAGUUAAUAAGCGUAAAUUAAAAAUUUUUUUUACUUAAAUGAUAACACGCGUAUAUGAACAACUCCAUAUUUAAUUAAUGAAAUUUAAUUAUAUUUCGUCUCUUGCGUCAUAACCGUUUGAUAUAUAAUAUAAUUAAAAGCAGCCACUAAACACGUAUAUACGCACAUGCAGAUCCUUUAAUAUAGUUUUUUUAAUAACUUUAAUAUAAAAAAUUUAUUUUAUAUUAAAUACAAAAUAAAACUUUUUUUAUUAUUUACAUUUGCUCUUUGAGAUUAUUCAUUUAAAUAUCUUGAAAUAUAUUCUUUCAUCAUCUUUAACAUCAAGUUUUUGCCAAAUUUUGUGUAAAUUCUGUAUAUACUAUAGAUGCUAGUAAUUUAUUAUAUUAAUUUCUAUGCACAUGCGCACUCUUCCCUUCGUUUCUUCCCUGCCUUCCUCCCUUAUAUUUCCUUUUUUUCUCUUUAUCUAAUAAUCUACAUACAUAUUACUAAUAUAUACAUAUAUAUAUAUAUAUAUAUAUAUAUAUAUAUUUAUACUGAAAUCUGCUAAUUUUAUUGCAUGUCAUAAAUUUUCGAUAUGCGCAGUGUGAGGGCACACAUCAUAAGAAGCUAAUAAUUUAUUUAAUAUAUACAAUUUGAUAUGAACUUAUUCUAAAGAGCCCCAUAGUUAAUAACGUUUAUUUUGUAAUUUUAUUAUCACAAAGAUUGUAAAUUCCUUUUUUUUGUGACUUACAAUUCAUCCUAAGGAGGUGAGCUUUAUUGCAAAUUACAAUUCCUUUUUUAAGUAAUUUUUAAACGUUAAAACGCGUAUAGCGUACGACUGAGAUAAUGUACAAGUCUUGUUUGGAUCCUACCAUUCAGCCGUUCGUGAAUGUUUCGUUAGCCGUUAAUUAAGAAAGGUGAAUUUUAAAAAACAAAUGGCUUAAAUAAAACCUACCGUUGCUCAGUUAUUGCGUGCUAUAUGGUAUGUCGGUAUAGUAGUCGUCAUUCGUUUUCGUUCUACAUUAUUUAACAUUGAUUGCGAACCUUAUGGAAAAGACUGUAGUAGUAUGUGUAUCAGGAAAUAUGCAGACCCCUCGUGCAGCAUAAAAGCGAUCAGAGUCUCCUUAUCGAAUGCUUGAAAGCGAAAUGUUCAUUGCGAAGUAAAAAAAAAAAAGCGUAGAGCGAUAGCCAGCCAUCGUUUGUAACGAAUCGUGAACUUGUUACCUCAUGUAUUCCUUAAGUUCAAUUCCGAAGCACAAAACGUUUAAGUGCGGGAUGUAACAGAGGCAGCUCGGGCAGACGUUAUUUAUUGCGUUAUUUGCAUUUAGAUACGUGUAUACGUAUACGUGUAUAUAUAGAUAUAAUAUUUUAUAAGUACAUGUAGUUAUUAGCGUUACACACUCGCAGACGUAAUAGUGUCCGAUGCAACGUACGUACGUACGUACGUUUGCAGUUUAUACGGUAUACGACGAGAACCGGUCUACGUUUUAAAGAACGUUUCAUGAAUUCUUCAGCGGAGAUAAUAAUAUCGAGUUGCAAUUAUUGCGGUACCACUUUUCCACGUGCUUCAACGGGAGCGAGAUAAUAACGCGUGCGAGAACACGUUUGUUAAAUUUUUAAAAAGAUACUUUCGGAUCAACGUAACUGAAGGAGAUGACAACUCGAGAGACUAUUGAGAAUCGAGUACAAUAUUAUUACAUUAUAUUCUCGCUUGUACGGUAGAUUUUCUAUUCUUUAACUGCUUAAACGUUUACAGCGUAGUACUUUAUUAAAAUAACAACAAGUAUCGCGAUAUAAGUGAAUUAGUAAGAAAAUACGAGAUGUAUGUAAGAAAUUCAUAAUUUCUAUGUAUCAUGUGCACAUAACGUAUAAGACAAUCUGUUGUGUCAGUCUUGUGUACGCUGACUUAUACGUAAUUUUGUCGUCUAUUUGCAAAAGAGAACGGAAACGGGAACGUCUGAUAUAAUAAUUUCUUAAAGUAGAAAUGUUCGCAUUGAAACAUAUCCAAGCGCAUCCUUUUUUAAUGUAGAAUUUAGAAAGAAACACAAUAAAUAAAUUAAGUAUUGAAGAUUUACAAGGUAAAUUUCUUAUAUUUAUUAAUAUAUAACGAUAAUACGUAAGUUUACGCGUGUUGAUUCACGUCUCGGUGUUUGCAAAUUGACAACAGAAUAAGAAUCGCUACAUAGCCAUCAGCUUUGCCACAAUUUUUCUAUCCCAUUACCAGAUUUUUGGUCGGAUAGAACAAACUACGCAACAAUCCAUAUAAUGAACGAAAGACAAAGUAUAUCAUUAACUGUAUCAUUAAUUGUAUUACUCGAUUAUUUAGGCAUGCAUUCAGCGGCAGCACUUUGUAUAGUGUAUUUUAAAGUACAUACAUAUCGCACUUUACAUAAGUAUACCAUUAUAUAUAAGUAUUAAUCAUAUAAAUUGUCACAUUAUUUGUGCGCCAUAUUCUGAUGUUAACGUAUUGUAUUGUACAAAGAACAAAAUAUAACGUUAAAGCUAUAAGUAUA